GACUCAUUGUUACCUUUCGUAACGCCACCGGGCUCCUUUUUCUUCCUCUCCUUGUCAAACCCUAGCGAACUAGGGCGCCCAAUUCCUUCUCUUUUUUCUUUUCAAAUCUUCGUUUUCCUCCCCCGAGUUACCGCAUUAGGUCCAAAUUCCUGUUCAGAAUGAUGCAACAACCAGGAGGAAUGGCCCGCCCUGAGAUGCCGAUGGAACAGCAGCAGCCCCCACAGCAACAGCAGUACCCCGCGCACCAGGCUCAGCAGCAACAACAGCAGCACUACGGUGCCGGACCGACGAACGCUGCUUCUGGGGGUGCCGGUGGCGGAGCCGAUGAGGUUCGGUCUCUGUGGAUUGGUGACCUGCAGUACUGGAUGGACGAGAAUUACCUCACCUCCUGCUUCUACCACACCGGCGAGCUUGUGUCUGCAAAGAUAAUUCGUAACAAGCAAACAGGUCAGUCUGAGGGGUAUGGUUUCCUGGAAUUCAGGACUCAUGCCACUGCUGAAAAUAUAUUGCAAACAUACAAUGGCGCAAUGAUGCCCAAUGCCGACCAGACCUUCCGGCUGAACUGGGCUUCUCUUGGUGCUGGAGACAAGCGUGCAGAUGACUCCCCUGAGCACACAAUUUUUGUAGGAGAUUUGGCUGGUGAUGUUACAGAUUACGUCCUGCAGGAGACAUUUAAGGCUGUAUACCAAUCUGUCAAGGGUGCAAAAGUUGUUACAGAUAGGGUAACAGGACGUUCCAAGGGUUAUGGAUUUGUUAAAUUUGGGGAUGAGAGAGAACAACAGCGGGCGAUGACUGAAAUGAAUGGUGUUCUCUGUUCGACUAGGCCUAUGAGGAUUGGGCCUGCAGCUAAUAAGAAACCUAUGACUGCUUCAACUCAGAAAGCUUCAUAUCAGAAUCCGCAAGGAACUCAGGGAGAGAGUGAUCCUAAUAAUACAACAGUAUUUGUUGGUGGUCUAGACCCUAAUGUAACCGACGACCAUUUGAAACAAGUAUUUUCUCAGUAUGGUGAGGUAGUCCAUGUAAAAAUACCAGUAGGAAAGCGCUGUGGAUUUGUUCAGUUUGCUGACAGGUCCUGUGCUGAGCAAGCUUUGUCAAACUUAAACGGUACCUUGUUAGGAGGGCAGAAUAUUCGACUUUCGUGGGGGCGCAAUCCUUCAAACAAGCAGUCGGAUCAGAACCAGUGGGGUAGUGCAUAUUAUGGCUACACACAAGGGUAUGAAUCAUAUGGUGGAUAUGCUCCACCUCAAGACCCAAACAUGUAUUAUGGAGGCUAUCCUGGAUAUGCGAAUUAUCAACAGCCACAACAGUGAAACAGGGAACGCGUACGGAGCUUGACCCCAGCUGAGCUUAGCUGAUUAUGAUAUUUGCUUAUAGGCCAUUGAACAUAUAUAUAUGUGUAAUAAUCUCGGGUGCCAUGGUACUUACAUUCUGUGUUGACUGUUCUGCAAUUCAGUUUUGGAGGAUUUUGGGUGGUGACUUGCAUGUAUUAUUGGGAUAGUAGUUUGCUUCUGUUAUGCGAUUUGGGUCUUUGUAUUUGAACUUCUUGCUUGUCUUAAUUUUGAGAACCUGGCCGCUCCUGCAAAUUGGGAUGACUA